ACCCCCCCCCCCACCGUUUUGAAACGUACGAUACGCCAACAUUUGCCACCGUUAGGUAUCGAGACCUUGCGUAAAAAUGGUCGAUGAUCGAUACACCAACCUUAGAUAAGAUGAGUGUCAAGGACUCGGCUUCAUCUGAAAAUUACCCAUGGCGGAAAAUGUCUCUUCAGAUGACAAAGGAUCAGAAAGAAUAAGUUCCAUGGAGAUCCCUUUGCCUGUAGAUAAGUUAGCAUUGGAAUCGAUUGGCCAUGGCUCCUCCUCCGGCCCCCAGAUCGAUGGGCCUAAAAUGCAUGUGGUUCUUGUAGCUACUGGAAGCUUCAAUCCUCCUACGUAUAUGCAUUUACGCAUGUUUGAGCUGGCAAGGGAUGCACUUAAAUUAGAGGGCCUUUGUGUUAUUGGAGGUUAUAUGUCUCCAGUUAAUGAUGCAUACAAGAAAAAGGGUCUUAUAUCUUCUGAACAUCGAAUCAAGCUCUGCAGCCUAGCAUGUCGAAGUUCAGAUUACAUCAUGGUCGAUCCAUGGGAGGCCAGUCAAAAUGCCUACCAACGCACAUUAAUGGUUCUGUCUCGAGUCAAAACUUCACUGUGCAACAGCGGAUUGAUACACAAAGAAUUCCUGAAGGUGAUGCUUGUUUGUGGUUCUGAUUUGCUUCAAUCUUUUGGAACACCCGGAGUUUGGAUACCCAAUCAAGUUCAAAUGAUAUGUAGAGAUUAUGGUCUCGUUUGCAUUCGCAGAGAAGGACAAGAUGUCGGGAAAAUCAUAUCAGACGAUGAAAUUCUAUACGAGAAUAGGAGCAAUAUCAAAAUUGUAGAUGAAGUUGUACCCAACCAAAUAAGUUCAACCAGAGUAAGGGAUUGCAUUUCAAGAGGACUGUCAAUCAAAUAUCUUAUUGCAGACGAAGUUAUUGAGUAUAUAAGAGAACAACAUUUGUACUUGAAUUCUUGAUGCUUUUUCACUCAUUUUCAUGUCAAGAAAAACCAUUAUUUACCUAACCAGACACAAAGGUGUACAAUCCAGUCAAAAUCUGAGUUCUUGUUGUUCAUUUCA